AUGGCAGACCAAGCAGUUGCUGACUUCGGCCUCAUCGGCCUGGCUGUGAUGGGCCAGAACCUCAUCAUGAACGUGGCUGACCAUGGAUUCACCGUCGUGGCUUUCAACCGCACAGUCGAGAAGGUUGAUAGAUUCCUUGCCAACGAGGCCAAGGGAAAAUCGAUCGUGGGAGCCCACUCGGUGCAGGAAUUCUGCUCGAAGCUGAAGAAGCCCCGUCGUAUCAUGCUGCUGGUCAUGGCCGGCAAGCCUGUCGACGACUUCAUUGAGAGCUUGCUCCCCUUCGUCGAGAAGGGUGACAUCAUUAUUGACGGCGGCAACUCGCACUACCCGGACUCCAACCGCAGAACCAAGUACCUGGCCGAGAAGGGCAUCCGGUUCGUAGGCACCGGUGUCUCGGGCGGUGAAGAAGGCGCCCGUUACGGCCCCAGCUUGAUGCCCGGCGGUAACGAGGAGGCCUGGCCCUUUAUCAAGGAUAUCUUCCAGAGCGUGGCAGCCAAGAGUGAUGGUGAGGCCUGCUGCGACUGGGUUGGUGACGAGGGUGCCGGACACUAUGUCAAGAUGGUGCAUAACGGUAUUGAGUACGGAGACAUGCAAUUGAUCACCGAAGCCUAUGAUAUCAUGAAGCGGGGUUUGGGUAUGACCCCGGCUGAGAUUGGUGAUGUCUUCGAGAAAUGGAACAAGGGCGUACUGGACUCCUUUUUGAUCGAAAUCACCCGUGACAUCCUCCGCUACAAUGAUGACGAUGGCACCGCCCUGCUCGAGAAGAUCCUCGAUGCUGCCGGCCAGAAGGGAACCGGCAAGUGGACUGCUAUCAACGCUCUCGAUCUCGGCAUGCCGGUCACCUUGAUCGGAGAAGCCGUGUUCGGCAGAUGUCUCAGCUCUCUCAAGGACGAGCGUAUCCGAGCCAGCAAAGUGCUCAAGGGACCCGAGCCGGACUUCAAGGGAGACCGUAAGGAGUUCAUCGACAACCUUGAGCAAGCUCUCUAUGCUUCCAAGAUCAUUUCCUACGCCCAGGGAUUCAUGCUUAUUCAGGAGGCUGCUAAAAUAUACAACUGGAAGCUGAACAAGCCAUCCAUUGCCCUGAUGUGGAGAGGCGGCUGCAUCAUCCGCUCCGUCUUCCUCAAGGACAUUACCAAUGCCUACCGCACCAACCCAGACCUGGAGAACCUGUUGUUCGAUGACUUCUUCAACAAGGCCAUCCACAACGCCCAGGCUGGCUGGAGAGACGUAGUCUCCAAGUCUGCCCUCUGGGGAAUCCCAACCCCUGCCUUCAGCACUGCUCUCAGCUUCUAUGAUGGCUAUAGGUCGCGUGACCUUCCCGCUAACCUCCUACAGGCCCAGCGAGACUACUUCGGCGCCCAUACCUUCAGAAUCAAACCCGAGCAUGCGAGCGAGAAGUAUCCCGAGGGCAAGGACAUCCACGUCAACUGGACAGGAAGAGGAGGCAACGUAUCUGCCUCCACAUACCAGGCUUAA